GCCGCGCCCCCGCGGGCGGAGCGCACCAUGCCGCAGCUGGACUCGGGCGGGGGCGGCGCGGGCGGGGGCGACGACCUCGGCGCGCCGGACGAGCUGCUGGCCUUCCAGGACGAGGGCGAGGAGCAGGACGACAAGAGCCGCGACAGCGCCGCGGGCCCCGAGCGCGACCUGGCCGAGCUCAAGUCGUCGCUGGUCAAUGAGUCCGAGGGCGCGGCGGGCGGCGCGGGGGUCCCUGGGGCCGGUGCCGGGGCCCGCGGCGAGGCGGAGGUCGGGGCCGAGGCUCUCGGGCGGGAACACGCUUCGCAGAGACUUUUCCCCGACAAACUUCCAGAGUCUCUGGAAGACGGCCUGAAGGCCCCGGAGUGCUCCAGCGGCAUGUACAAAGACACCGUCUACUCGGCCUUCAAUCUGCUUAUGCACUACCCACCCCCUUCGGGAGCAGGGCAGCACCCCCAGCCGCAGCCCCCACUGCACAACAAGGCCAGUCAGCCAGCCCACAGCGUCCCACAGCUCUCUCCUCUCUAUGAACAUUUCAGCAGCCCACACCCUACACCUGCACCAGCCGACAUCAGCCAGAAGCAAGGAGUUCACAGGCCUCUGCAGACCCCUGACCUCUCUGGCUUCUACUCUCUGACCUCAGGCAGCAUGGGACAGCUUCCCCACACUGUGAGCUGGUUCACCCACCCAUCCCUGAUGCUAGGCUCCGGUGUGCCUGGUCACCCUGCAGCCAUCCCCCACCCGGCUAUCGUACCUCCCUCAGGCAAGCAGGAGCUGCAGCCAUAUGACCGUAGCCUGAAGACACAGGCGGAAUCCAAGGCAGAGAAAGAGGCCAAGAAGCCAACCAUCAAGAAGCCUCUCAAUGCCUUCAUGCUGUACAUGAAGGAGAUGAGAGCCAAGGUCAUUGCAGAGUGUACACUCAAGGAGAGUGCUGCCAUCAACCAGAUCCUGGGCCGCAGGUGGCACGCGCUGUCUCGGGAAGAGCAGGCCAAGUAUUAUGAGCUGGCCCGAAAAGAGAGGCAGCUGCACAUGCAGCUCUACCCAGGCUGGUCGGCGCGUGACAACUAUGGGAAGAAAAAGAGGCGGUCACGAGAAAAGCACCAGGAGUCCAACACAGACCCUGGCUCGCCUAAGAAAUGCCGUGCUCGCUUUGGCCUCAACCAGCAGACGGAUUGGUGUGGUCCGUGCAGGAGGAAAAAGAAAUGCAUUCGGUACUUACCCGGAGAAGGCCGCUGCCCCAGCCCAGUUCCUUCCGAUGACAGUGCUCUAGGCUGCCCCGGGUCCCCAGCCCCCCAGGACUCGCCCUCAUACCUCCUGCUACCCCACUUUCCCACAGAACUGCUUGCUAGCCCUGCGGAGCGGCACCUACAUCACCAGGUCUCUCGGCCGCUCUCAGCCUCCCAGCCCCCUGGACCCAACAGGCCCCCCACAGCGUCCUGCAGAGUACACAGCUGCAACGACAGGAAUCUCAGAGACAGGCAGCCUAGCAUGUACAGGACACCUGGCCGCCUCCAGGGGCUCAUCCUCUGAGAGGAAGCGACAGAGCCCCAAAGCACGUGGGAACUGGCCAGGGGCCCUGUUACCUCCCUCUCAGGGACCGGGCCCAGGAGACUUCCGAGGCUGCACAACUUCUGCCUGAACCCGGGGCCAUCAGUUCAAACUACGCCAAAUGGUGGGAAUCAGAUCUGCAUUGUGUCAUCUAAUUAAGGGCAUCCCUUGUGCCUACAGCAGCCUGCAUCUGUUCCUUUUACCCUCUAUCUUGCUGGCCAGAUGCCCCUGCCUCCCUUGCUUUUCUACUAUAGGUCACAGAUAGGCUGGACUAAGCCCAGCUGCUUUCCCCACCCUACACCUCCUUGGCCCCAUCACUGCCACACCCUCCCCAUACCACACACUUCAAGGACCAAGAAUGAGCUGGUUUACAAAACCACAUGUGAGCAUGGUCACAACCACAUGCUCAAGACAAUAAUGCUUCUCUUAACCUGGAGAAGCCCUGUUGACAGAAAAGGAGUUAUUCAUACAUAAACUGGACCAGAGUAAGCCUUUUGCCGUGUCCUCAAGAGCUUACAAGACUAGGAGGAAAUGGAACAGGUUAAGUUUAGGCCUAUUACCACAGGCGGUAGGAAUAACCUGAUACUACCUUAUCAGGCAAGUAUGGGCAGUGAGAGGUAUCUGGCUCUAGUUCCUAUUACUUGGGUAUGUUUCCAAGAGAAACUCAACCUCCCAAGAAGCUCUGAUACCAAGGUCCCAUGCCUGUUACUAGUGACUGAACUCAAAAGAAAUUAUGGCCCCAAAUCCAGCAUGCAUCCCUCCCUACACCAAAAGCCUCUGUCACAGUUCUAGCUCCUGCUUCUCCAGGUCAGUCUAGCCAGCUCUUAGGCAGUUUUAAGAGGGCAAAAGAAACCUCAUGACCCCCAAUGCUCACCUUACAGCACUGAAAUCGCUUCAGCUUCAGUUUCCCGAAGGGGCUGCAGGAAGGAGGACCAUCAGCAUCCAAGCAAGGAGCCCAGAGAAUCUCUAGUGGUGGUCAGUGGGUUUUCACCACCGCCUAGUUUAACCCAUUUCUGAGCCAAGCUUCAAGCCUGAGCCUUAAAAAACAAACUUUUAAUUUAACUUUGUCUCCUCAACUGUAUAUAGCCUGAACCCAAAGAAAAAGGGCUGUUCCUAUACCCACACACCCCUCAACAAAAGCCUUCAUAGUUCCUACUUUAGCCACUGGCUUCUCAGAAUCCAAAGAUCAUAUAUUCUAGUAUAGUGUUGCAAGAAGUCUUGAGAAAAAGGACUAUUGUAGUGUUCAAAAUAUUUUUGUAUUGUUAAUGCAUCAUCAUACAAAAACUUUUUUUAACAUGAGAAUAAAGAUACUUUUUACUGGGUUUCUUUUUCAAAGUUGACCCUGAGGAAUAUGCUGUUUCAGUAACAGAGCAUACAGACUACUUUUCUUCCCCACAGCCAUAAAACUUGGGGUUUACUCUCUAUAAUGGUACACACAUUCUAAAGACUUUCAGUCCACUUCACCUCCCUGCUGCAACCCCGAGAGCCAAGCUCAUUCUAGGUGUAAACUACUAUUCCAAGCCUUGGUCCUAACUCCCCAAUCCUCGGACCUCACAAGUGAUGCAGGUGCAGGCUAGCCUGCACACGACAUUGCGCUGGAAACUGCCACCACGGACCCACAUGACCACCAGGCUCCAUCUUCCCCUCCAUUUUCCUUCCACACAAAGACUGAACACAAGUAUACAUCCUAUUUCAAGGAAAACCAGACCAGGAGUCUUCCUUAAUUUGGGAUCAGAAAUUUCAAAAGUGCAUUUUAACAGCACCCUUUCUUCCCCAAAACUAUUAAGGUGCUUGAGAUAUCUUCGUAUUUUUAUAGAAAGCCUCUCCAGUUUGAUAAAUCUACAGACUACUUUUAUACAGCAGUGUCCAUCAUGUUUAAGAAUACAGCUAACUCCUAAAACCCAACAUGAAUGUAAAAGGUGUCAUAAAGCCACCUCAAUAGGUCAAUCAACUGUUAGAUACAAAUGCUGGACAAGAAUAUCACAACAGCCAGCUACUGGGCCACCGAUCAUGCAUUGUACUUUUCACGGAGUUCUAUUUUUGGGAUUUUAUGUUUGAAAAUAUUUAUAAAUAAAGUCAUCUUCCAGAGUA